AUGCCGCAAUCAUCCACUCUUAGACACUACGCAUCUUCUCUUUGGUCGUUUCAUAAUGAAGUACCGGAAAGCCAGAGAGCAGAUGCGGCGAAUAGCCUUGUGUAUGAAGCAAACGUAAGGCUAAGAGAUCCGGUGUACGGAUGCAUGGGAGCAAUCUCAGCUCUACAACAACAAGUUCAAGCGUUACAAGUCGAGCUCACGGCCAUACGAUCAGAUAUUCUCAAGUACAAGCAACGAGAAGCGGUCGCUACUUUGAUCGCACCUUCCAACUCCCAAGUCGCCGCCGGGUUUCAUAACUCCGCCGGCGUCUCCGUCAUUGCACCACCACCACAAACACCGUCAACUCCGCCGCAACCUUCGGCGGCUCAUCCCCCUCCGCCUCCUCCGUCUUCUUGUGUUUUCUCUCAACCAACAUACGGAGACAUUGAAAAUGAGCACAACUCCUACUUCGGUUGA